GACCAAUCUCUAUGCGUCACCUUUCCGUUUCUUCUGUUCCACCCCUGCCCCUGGUUCUGCGCUGCGUCCUGUCCUUUCGACUGUCAGUUCUCAGUCAGCCCAUCUCCGUCCGCCUUCCCGGGGCCCCUCUUGUUCGUCACCUGCACACGCGCGGCAUGCUUCCCACAAUCUUGAGAGUGGCUGGACGACCAAACUGUGGGUGAGCUGGGCCGCGCUGUGGUUGGGGGUUUCCUGCCCCGCGUUUUUCCUGCCCCGCACGCGACCACAGGUCCCGCCACGGCGGGCUCACCCCUUCUCCAGUUACCCCUCAAUCCCCAUCAAGAGCACGCCAGGGCCCGCUUGGCCUUGGUGUUUUGCAGCCUACCUUGCCUUGCUGAAGACGUCAUGUGCUCAAUCCCUCAAGUACCUCAAGUGCCUCAAUUACCUCAGCCUUUCCCUUGACGUGCUCCUUUUCUUUUCUGCCCCCAUUGUCUCCUUCCCAACGCAUGUCCCGACCGGUCUCGUGUGCUUCUCGUCACCCCUCCUUCCUUGGCUUCACCUGUGUGUGCAUUCCCCCCAAGCCUUGGGUGCUGACCAACGGGCUCUCCUUCCCCGUCGCCAGGGUCUCCAGCUUGUGCUACCACGCGACGCCAAGCUCCAGUACUCGUCUAUAUUAGAGGGCCACUCCUUCCUCCGCGCAGCCCACUCGCCUGCUGUCCACGUUGGCCUUUCGGAGCCAGAACCCGUGUGCGAAAACAAACCGUUCCCAACACAUCCCCCGACCUCACGGCCGCUCACAAUGGCUCUCGCCGAGGAGACCAAGCGCAUAGUCGGCUCGUUCGACCUCUCGGACGCCGACUUGAACACGGGCGUCAAAGAGUUCUUGCGUCAGAUGGACGAGGGACUGAAGAAGGAUGGAACUAGCCUCAGCCAGAUCCCUACCUACGUCACCGCGGUCCCCAAGGGCACCGAAAAGGGACUGUACAUGGCCGUCGAUCUCGGCGGCACUAACUUCAGGGUGUGCUCGGUCCUCCUCAAGGGCGACAACACGUUUGAGCUCACCUCGACCCCAGUCGCCAUCCCCAAGCACCUCAUGACGGCGCCCAAGGCAGAGGACCUUUUCGCUUUCCUCGCCAAGCAGAUCGAGCUGUUCCUGAAGGAGCACCACAAGGACCACUUCGAGAAGCAGGUCCGCAGGCGCAUGACCCGGAGCGCCGAAGAGGGCUUCCGUAAUGAGGAGGUCUACCGCCUGGGCUUCACCUUUAGCUUCCCCGUCGACCAGAUAGGCAUUAACAAGGGCUACCUGAUCCGGUGGACAAAAGGUUUCGACAUCCCCGACGCGGUUGGCAAGGAUGUCUGCGCUCUUCUGCAGGACGAGAUCGACAAGCUGCACCUGCCCGUCAAGGUGGCUGCCCUGGUCAACGACACCGUCGGCACCCUCAUGGCCCGCUCCUACCUGUCGCCGGGCGACAAGGGCGCCGUCCUCGGCGCAAUCUUUGGCACCGGCACCAACGGCGCCUACAUCGAGAAGCUUGACAACGUUAAGAAGCCGCUCAAGGGCCAGUAUGACAACUCUACCGGCGACAUGAUCAUCAACGCCGAGUGGGGCUCGUUCGACAACCAGCUGAACGUGCUGCCCAACACCCCGUACGACCAGAAACUUGACAAGGACAGCAACAACCCUGGCGUCCAGAUGUUUGAGAAGCGCGUCUCAGGUAUGUUCUUGGGCGAGAUUCUCCGCCUGGCAAUCCUGGACAUGAACAAGGGCGGCAAGGGGUCGCUGUUCUCAACAGCAACCAUCGAGUCCACCGCUCCCAUCUUUAAGCAGUGGGGCGUGGACAGUGCCAUCAUGUCGGUCGCGGCUAAGGGCGAUCUCGGCGUGCUCCGCGACGAGAUCAAGAAGAUCGGCGUCUCGGAGUGCACGCUCGAGGAGGCGGAGGCGUUCAAGGCUGUGGCUGAUGCCAUUGGCCGGCGAGCCGCCCGUCUUUCCGCCAUUGCUGUCGCCGCCAUCGUGCUGCAGACGGACAGGCUGAAGGACCUUCCCGCGGGCGACACUCUCGACGUUGGCGUUGAUGGCAGCUUGAUCCUAUACUACCCUGGCUUCCGUCACAUGAUUUUCGAGGCGUUCAGGGCCAUCGAUGGCGUCGGCGAGAAGAAUGCGGAUCGCAUCACGAUUGAAAAGGCAGAGGAUGGCUCUGGAGUCGGCGCCGCUCUCAUCGCCCUCGUGGCGGAGGGAAUGGAGCAGGCUUGAUCAACGGACUGAAUGUUUUUUGUAUGGGUUGCUCUUUAUGAAAUAUAUCUGGCGCUGGGGAAAAGGGGCAUGGGAACACAUGAGAACCACGGGCGCGCCUCUAAACGGGGCGGCAGCAAUCAAGGCGGCUAGCCUGGGCUGAGCUGGCAGGAGACCAUUUUUGGAACCAGGUUUUUGACGAAUAGUAAUGGAAGCGUCUCUUUUACCAACACUUCUUGGCCUAUCAGUAACCCUGUCUGCGCCUGGCAGCAGACACCACACGCACCUUUCCCAUCGCUGUACCUAUAGCCUCCCGCUCGGUGGGCAACCUAUGGAUAUGCACAUACAGUAUAUGGUCUUGCCAUAAAAUUAUCUAUUCUUGACCUUUUCAACACAAAGUAACUUCCCUG